UCGGGGCUGCCGGGCACCCCGCCCCUCCCCGGCGGGGCCGUCAUUAGGCUGCCGGUUGAUUACAGGGUAUUGAUUUGUAUGUGCUUCUCCCGGCGCCGGCCGCUCCCGCCGGUGCUGCUGGAGUUCGGGCAGCGCUUCUCGUAGCGGCGGCGGCAGCUCCCACCAAACAUGUCGGCUCCCGCCGGGCCCCGGAGCGGCCCCGCCGCCCCUCAGCCUCCUCCGGCCCCGCAGCCCGAGAUGCCGGACCUCAGCCACCUCACGGAGGAAGAGCGGAAGAUCAUCCUGGCCGUCAUGGACCGCCAGAAGAAGGAAGAGGAGAAGGAGCAAUCCGUGCUCAAGGUCAAAGAAGAGCAAAAACCACAGCCGACACAGUGGUUUCCCUUUAGUGGGAUCACUGAGCUGGUAAAUAACGUUCUUCAACCACAGCAAAAACAGCAAAAUGAAAAGGAGCCCCAGACAAAAUUACAUCAGCAGUUUGAGAUGUAUAAGGAGCAAGUGAAGAAGAUGGGUGAAGAAUCACAGCAGCACCAGGAGCAGAAGGGUGAUGCCCCAACCUGUGGCAUCUGCCACAAAACAAAAUUUGCUGAUGGCUGUGGCCAUAACUGUUCAUAUUGCCAAACUAAAUUCUGUGCACGCUGCGGAGGAAGAGUGUCUCUGCGCUCAAAUAAGGAGGACAAAGUGGUAAUGUGGGUAUGUAACUUGUGCCGAAAACAACAAGAAAUCCUCACAAAAUCAGGAGCCUGGUUCUACAACAGCGGAUCACAUGCACCACAGCAGCCAGACCAAGAAGGAAUUAGAGCUCUGAGGAAUGAGGAAGCACCUCAAGAGAAAAAAGCAAAACUGCAGGAGCAUCCACAGUACCAGGGACCAUCAGGUGACAUAUCCACACAAGCUUUGGACAAAAACAGAUCUCAAGGGCUCACAAGACAGGACUCAAUUAAGAAUGGUUCAACAGUAAAGCAUCAUGUAACAAGUGACACCUCAGACAGGAAAAGAAGCCCUUCAAUAUCAAGAGAACAGAGCAGAAGAUACGACCAAAGGGACGAGAGAGACGAAUAUUCGCAGUAUGCUACAUCAGACAGUGCGAUGCCCAGGUCACCAUCAGAUUAUUCAGAUAGGCGGUCACAGCGUGGGCCUCAGUUAUACGAAGAACCUGAACUGGGUGAUUACAGAGAUUCCAACAGAAGGAGCCGCAGGCGUUCCAAGGAGUAUCCGGUAGAAGAAGAAGAUGCACAAAGCAGGGAAGAAUAUGAAAGGCAAAGGAGGGAAGAGGAAUACCAGGCACGAUACCGUAGUGAUCCUAAUUUGGCUCGUUACCCAGUCAAGCCACAGCCAUAUGAGGAACAAAUGCGUAUCCAUGCUGAAGUGUCCCGAGCACGUCAUGAACGGAGACAUAGCGAUGUCUCACUGGCAAAUACAGAGUUGGAAGAUUCUCGGAUGUCCAUGCUCAGGAUGGAACGGCCGUCAAGACAAAGGUCAGUAUCUGAGCGCAGGGCUGCCAUGGAAAAUCAACGUUCGUACUCUAUGGAAAGAACUCGAGAAGCUCAGGGACCAAGUCCCAAUCGUCAGAGGACCACAAAUCAUAGCCCUCCUACACCUAGGAGGAGUCCAAUUCCUCUGGAAAGACCAGACAUGAGGCGCUCUGAUUCUUUAAGGAAACAGCACCAUUUGGAUCCCAGUUCUGCUGUCCGGAAAACGAAACGUGAAAAGAUGGAGACCAUGUUACGGAAUGAUUCACUCAGCUCAGACCAGUCUGAGUCUGUCAGACCUCCACCACCAAAGCCUCAUAAAACGAAAAAAGGAGGUAAAAUGCGCCAGGUUUCAUUAAGUAGCUCAGAAGAAGAAUUGGCAUCCACUCCAGAAUAUACAAGUUGUGAUGAUGUAGAGAUUGAAAGUGAAAGUGUUAGUGAAAAAGGGGACAGUCAAAGGGGAAAAAGAAAAACUAGUGAGCAGGCAGUUUUGUCGGAUUCUAACACCUUAUCCGAGAGGCAAAAGAAAAUGGUGUGCUUUGGUGGCCACUCUUUGGAAGAGGAUUUGGAAUGGUCUGAGCCCCAGAUAAAAGACUCUGGGGUAGAUACGUGUAGUAGCACAACUCUAAACGAGGAACAUAGCCAUAGUGAGAAGCAUCCAGUAACCUGGCAACCAUCCAAAGAUGGAGAUCGUCUCAUUGGUCGGAUUUUGUUAAAUAAACGACUAAAAGAUGGAAGUGUGCCUAGAGAUUCAGGAGCAAUGCUGGGAUUGAAGGUAGUAGGAGGAAAGAUGACUGAAUCAGGUCGACUCUGCGCAUUUAUCACCAAAGUUAAAAAAGGAAGCUUAGCGGAUACAGUGGGGCAUCUUAGACCAGGUGAUGAAGUAUUAGAAUGGAAUGGAAGGAUACUACAAGGAGCCACCUUUGAGGAGGUGUAUAAUAUCAUUUUAGAAUCCAAACCUGAGCCACAAGUAGAACUUGUAGUUUCGAGACCAAUAGGGGACAUUCCCAGAAUACCUGACAGCACACAUGCACAGCUGGAGUCCAGUUCUAGUUCAUUUGAAUCUCAAAAAAUGGAUCGACCUUCUAUUUCAGUGACUUCUCCUAUGAGUCCUGGCAUGUUAAGGGAUGUUCCACAGUUCUUGUCUGGACAACUUUCAAGCCAAAGCCUUAGUAGAAGAACAACGCCUUUUGUUCCUAGGGUUCAGAUUAAACUGUGGUAUGACAAGGUUGGUCAUCAGUUAAUAGUGACCAUACUGGGAGCAAAGGAUCUUCCUUCAAGGGAAGAUGGGAGGCCAAGGAAUCCUUAUGUUAAAAUUUACUUUCUUCCAGACAGAAGUGAUAAAAAUAAAAGAAGAACAAAAACAGUAAAGAAAACAUUGGAACCUAAGUGGAAUCAGACAUUUAUUUAUUCUCCAGUUCAUCGGAGAGAGUUUAGAGAACGAAUGUUAGAAAUCACUCUUUGGGACCAAGCACGAGUUCGAGAGGAAGAAAGUGAAUUUUUAGGAGAGAUUCUUAUUGAGUUAGAGACAGCAUUACUAGAUGAUGAACCUCACUGGUACAAACUUCAAACACAUGAUGUCUCUUCAUUGCCACUUCCCCAUCCCUCACCAUAUUUGCCACGCAGACAACUCCAUGGCGAGAGUCCCACACGGAGGUUACAAAAUAAAGGCUUAUAUUCAUAUAAUUCAGGAUCCAAAAGAAUCAGUGACAGUGAAGUCUCUGAUUACGAUUGUGAUGACGGAAUUGGUGUUGUUUCAGAUUACCGACAUAAUGGGAGAGAUCUUCAAAGUUCAACUCUGUCAGUGCCAGAACAAGUAAUGUCAUCUAAUCAUUGUUCUCGAUCAGGGUCCCCUCACCGUGGAGAUAGUAUAGGACGGACUAGAUCGUGGUCUCCCAGUGUCCCUCCCCCACAAAGUCGGAAUGUGGAUCAGGGACUGCGAGGGACUCGAUCUACUCCUGCGCAUUACAACACCCUGAACCGAAUGGACAGACACCGCGUUAUAGACGACCACUACUCCCCGGACAGAGAGAGGAGGACUAGGCAGGAGAGAAGAGUGCCUAAUUCAUAUUAUGAUGACACAGCCUAUACUCCUGAAAGGUGGUACAAUGGUGCAAGUUCAUGGGCAGAUGAUAUAGUCAAUGGUUCAGCUGAAAAAUAUGGAAGCGAGACAGUGGAUGUUUUUGCUGAUGAAGCUUCACAUUCAGAAACAGAACUGAUAGAAGAAGAAGUGAGGAAUUGUGAAGCAGCAGAUAGACAGCCAUAUCAAAGAUCCAGAUCAACAGAGCAACGUCCUGUGCUAGAGCGGACCAACUCCCGCUCCCGAUCCACAGAGCGUCCUGACUCAAACCUCAUCAGGUCGAUGCCUUCAUUAAUGACUGGAAGAUCUGCCCCUCCUUCACCUGCCUUACCGAGGUCACAUCCUCGAACUGGGUCUGUCCAGACAAGUCCAUCAAGUACUCCAGUAGUAGGGCGAAGGGGCAGGCAGUUACCGCAGCUCCCACCAAAGGGGACGUUGGAGAGAAACAAUGGAGACAAGGAGAUAGAAUCUUAUGAAGAAGUUACAUGGGAGGACCAGCAGAAAAAGGUGAAUGGUACAAUUACAGAUGACAAACCAUUGCUGAAAAAGAAACACCAUUCUGAGACAGAAGAAGCGGAAUCAUCAAGGAGAACAAACUCAGAAGAAAAGAAAACAGAUCCAGAAAAUGGGGAUACAGGUGCAAUGGAUGUAGAAGAAAGGAAUCGCCAAAUGAAAAUGAGCAAGUACAAACAGGUAGCAGGAUCAGAUUCCAGGCUGGAACAAGAUUAUCAUUCUAAGUAUCGGUCAGGGCGGGAUCCUCAUCGAGGCUCAGACAAUGUUUCCAAUAAGUCUUCGGACAGCGAUGUCAGCGAUGUCUCGGCCGUGUCCCGGACCAGCAGCGCUUCCCGCUUCAGCAGCACGAGCUACAUGUCUGUCCAGUCAGAGCGUCCAAGGGGAAACAAGAAAAUAAGUGUCUUUACAUCCAAAAUGCAAAGCAGACAGAUGGCCAUCUCAGGAAAGAACAUGACUAAGAGCACCAGCAUCAGCGGGGAGAUGUACACGCUGGAGAAGAACGACGGCAGCCAGUCGGACACGGCAGUGGGCACUGUUGGUGGUGGCAGCAAAAAGAGACGCUCCAGCAUUGGUGCAAAAAUGGUCGCCAUCGUGGGGCUAUCAAGAAAAAGCCGUAGCACGUCACAACUCAGCCAAACUGAAGCAGGGGGCAAGAAGCUGCGGAGCACCGUCCAGAGGAGCACGGAGACAGGGCUGGCCGUGGAGAUGAGGAACUGGAUGACUCGCCAGGCGAGCCGGGAGUCAACAGAUGGGAGCAUGAACAGCUACAGCUCUGAGGGAAAUUUGAUCUUCCCUGGUGUGAGAUUGGCUGCAGACAGCCAGUUCAGUGAUUUUCUGGAUGGACUUGGUCCUGCCCAGCUUGUAGGACGACAGACUUUGGCAACACCAUCAAUGGGAGAUAUUCAGGUGGGAAUGAUGGACAAGAAAGGACAACUGGAAGUAGAAAUAAUCCGAGCCCGUGGCCUUGUUGUAAAACCAGGUUCAAAGACACUGCCAGCACCGUAUGUAAAGGUGUAUCUAUUAGAAAAUGGAGUCUGCAUAGCCAAAAAGAAAACAAAGGUAGCAAGAAAAACACUGGAACCACUUUAUCAGCAACUUCUAUCAUUUGAAGAAAGUCCCCAAGGGAAAGUUUUACAGAUAAUUGUUUGGGGAGACUAUGGACGUAUGGAUCACAAAUCCUUUAUGGGAGUGGCACAGAUACUUUUAGAUGAACUGGACCUGUCCAACAUGGUGAUUGGGUGGUUCAAACUUUUCCCUCCUUCUUCCCUAGUAGACCCAACCUUAGCUCCUCUCACUAGAAGAGCUUCCCAAUCAUCUCUUGAAAGUUCAACAGGACCUUCUUAUGCUCGCUCAUAGCAGCUGUGAAACUGUCGUCAUAGCAACCAGCGUUACAAAAAAAUAAAAUUACAGGUCGCAAACCCUGGUAACACUGCAUGCUUAAUGUUGUGUCUUCUGAGCCUGUUUCUAGGGCUGCAACGCGAUCCUGUGUUCUCAAGGAAGUUGCACACAUUGUGCCCUAUGGAAGGCCCUCAGGUGAUGGACUGAAAUCAUGAAGAACUGAUGGGUUUGGAGUUCAGGGACUCAGUUUUGGUCUAAUCUGAAGCCAUGGACUAAACUAAAAAAAUCACUCUGUUUCAUGCAACAAAAGUCCUUUUCAAUGGCAUAUCUGUUUUGUUGCUCCCAUUUCUUUAUUUAUCUGCCCUCCCCUCCUAAAGUUUGGUUAUGCCACAGAAAUGGAGUUACCCUCACAUGAAGCCAUGUUACAUGUCAGUGGAUUAGCAGACAUUGGAAGAAAAGAAGAAUCUAAGGAUGCUGGAAAAGUCAACUGACACUUGCAGCAGUUCCUUGGGAUUUGAAAACUCUUCAUAUUGAAAAGGUUCAAGACUUAAAGUGGCGGGCUUCAUACCUCCAGCUGUCCACACAGUGAAAUCCCAGACAUGAUGGACUCUCUGAAAAAUAAAGUUCUGUGGAUAUACUGUACUGUAUGAAAUUAAGAAACUUUUUUGCAUGGACACAGAUUUAGCUGAACACUUAAAUUAUUUUCUUGGGGCUGCAACUUGCAAAAAAAAAAAAAAAAUCAGCCAUUUUCAACAGUUUAUAUUAUUUUUAAAAAUAAAUUUCACUAGUGCAUGGUUUUAAAGGGAAGAGAAUGCAACAGGGUGAUACAAAGACGCACCACGUUUAUCAUUCUUUAAAGCAGUCAUGGUCUGUGUUUUUGCAGACUUAUAUUAAAAAUAAAAAAUAAUUUCUAGCAAAUAUUUAAAAUUCUGUUUAUGUGACAAGAAAUAAGUGUAAUAUAUUAAAUUUAUUUAAAUGUAAAAGGUACAAGCCUUGUAAAGUUCAACAUAAUGUGCAAAUUGUACACUUCUUUUACCUCCUUUCUCUAUCUCUCCUCCCAAUCUCUCUUCUUCCUUUUGCUCUUUUCCCCCUCUACCUCCCAGGAUGAUCAGCGUAUUCUAAAAUGGCUACCUUUUGACUUAUUACUGUCUUCUGCCCCAUAUUUGGUUCAGGGUUGCAGAUUGUUCUGCAUUUCUGAAUUAUUUGAGAAAAAUAUUGUUUAAGAGCUUACUUUUUUUCAAGCAUGUUGAAAAGGAUUUUGCAACAUGGCUUGGGAGUACAUUAAUGUAAUUCAGCAUGUAUUUGAUAAAGAAAAUAUUUGAACUUUUGCAAUUUAUUGUACAGUGCAUGGUAACUUAUUUUCAUUUUUUCUCACCUUCAAAUUGAAUUCUACAGCAAAAUACUGGAAUCAUGUGGCCAUUGUGAGAUGUCUUCAAUAAAUUUGUUUUCAGCACCAGCAUCUUUCAUUCAAAGACUGAACUAUUAUUUCUUGAAGGUUUUUGGAAAGAGAAGAAAUUAAGUAUCUGAUUGAUUUUUAGGAAACAAAUUUAAGCACUUUUAUUUGCACUAAACCAAAUUGAUUGCUACAUUUUUGAACUAACAAAAGCAACAAAGGUUACAAAUCAAUACAGUUCUUCUGCUGUAAAGUUCAAUUUUCAUAAACUACAUUUGUGUUGCAAAAGACAUAAUUAGGUAAUAUCAGUCUGGAAAGUAUCCAGUCUUUGGCUGGUAAAAUAGCCUUAAAGAAAGCCUUUCAGUACCACUCUGUCAGCUAUUUGACACCAUUACCAGAACCUCACUGCAGUUAAUGGAUCUUCAAAACCCUGGGUUUUGUAGCAGACAGUAACUACCGUUGGGUGGUGCUGCAAGUUCAAGCUUCUCAUUAAGUUAUGUUAUUUAAAGAGAAUGUAACUGGCUAAUGUUUAAUAACAAA